AGAAGGCGGUGGAUGAAACAAACGGCACUGGAUCUCGCUGGAACGGCACAACACGGUGACAACGGAAGCAAAGCGGAUGAAAACUAAAGCAAACAGGGGCUCGCCUCACUUGUGGCGCGUAAAAAGAGCAGUUUAGAUUAGGUUAGACUGAUUUUAUUGUUCUAAAAUUGUUGGAGCUUUGUCAAACAAACACAGUUCUGUCGUACUGGGAAAAUCCAGGCCGUGAUUUUAAAUACCUGAACACAACCCGUUCUGGGCUCUGAAAAAGGACAUUUUCAAGUUACAGCCGGUCAGAGCAAGCCUUGUGGAAAGGGGGUGUGUUGAAAUUUGGCAAAGCUUCCGGUUCGUCCUUUUGAAUAGUGCUGCUGAAUCUCCAUCGGGAGUUCUUCAAAGCAGUAGAGAACAUACAAGGUGCUAUUAACGGAAAAUGGUACCGAAGACGAGACUUGGGAAGCGGUCCCCAUUGGGUACCCUGGUGUGUGGUUCAUCAGUGGAGGGCCUGACAGAAAUGGGAUCACAUGGAUGCCCAGACAGUGGGCUUCACAGAAGCAAGCUUUACCCAGGACAAAAGGUCUAUGUGCACUGUGGAGGCCAGGAAUGUGGAGGUGUGGUGGAACAGCAUAACCAUGUGGACAAUGAGGUGUCCAUCUUCCUGCCCCAACUCAACCAACAAGUUCAUCGCAAGCUGGAAGACGUAUGGACAAGCCCCAUGUCCACUUCUACCGCUUCAGUCUCCUCAUCCAUUGAUGUGCCAAGAAGGAGUGCAGAAACCGUGGACAUGGAUGAGAUUAUGGCUGCAAUGGUGCUUACCAGUUUGUCCUGCAGUCCAGUAAUCCAAAACGCUGCUCAGGGGAGCAUGGCAACAGCUUUGUGUGGAAUGGAGCAUGGUGGUGGUGAACUGUCAGAUGUUGGGUACUGGAGUUGUGACCAUGGAAACGGAAGUCCUGUCCCAUCCCCACCCAUCGCAGAGAUGGACAAGAGCACCCCUCUCACUGACGAAGGCCUGGACAUGGAGCUGGACCAAAUGUUGUUUAAUGAGCCAACCCCAAGAAAACGCAAGAACUCCUUAAAAGUAGCAUAUCGGUGCUUGUGGCCAAAUUGUGGAAAAAUACUGACAACUGUAGUGGGUAUCAAACGCCAUGUCCGCAAUUCACACCUUGGACAAAGUGAUGAGCAUUCCCAAAGGGAAGAAGACUUUUAUUACACAGAGUUCUAUCAGGACAUGGAGCAGACAGCUCCCUCUGGUGUCCACCGGCCCCCCUGCACCUCUCCAUCCAGUCCCAGCCGGCACACACCCCCUUCUCCCUCCACCCCGGAGAUGCUCCAGUCCAGCCCGCUCAGCCAGUCUGCCCCGGGCAGCUUCUGGCAGGUCCACACUGAGCACUCUUACCAGGCCCCUCCACCAGUUCAGGUGGUGACUCAGUGUAAACCAGUGACUGUUCCUGUCUCCUGUCUUUGGACUCCAUCUCUCACGGUUCACCAGAGCAAACAAGGCUCACCAUUCCGCCGUCGUUCGGUUAGUGUGGGUGAACAAUGGCUCCAGAACAACAGCGCCACGUUCAGACCACAUCCUGCCAGUGUUUCGCCUCCAAGAAACCACUGCACUUCCAGCAGGAGGAUUCGUGGCGAGGCCAAAAAAUGCCGGAAGGUGUACGGCAUUGAACACAGAGACCAGUGGUGCACCGCCUGCCGCUGGAAAAAGGCUUGCCAGAGAUUCCACGACUGAAUCCUUCUCAAGAAAAUAACAAACAGAACACUAACUUACGAAGACCUACAAGAGGGGAUCUUACCUGGAACUAUGGUUGAAAGUAACCAAAAGAGCACCUUUGUGACUUAAUUUUUUUUUUCUACUUUUAUUGCGAUACAUGUUUUAUGUUUGGUUCAUAGGAACCAUGUUGGUGCUGGAAGAAUGAUAAAGCAAAAAGGACAGCCUCUGCCACACAACUCUGCCGUCUUCCUGCGUUUUACGUCAUAUCAUGAACUAUUGAAGUGUGACUUUUCUUUUACAAGCAUUGAGCAGCCAUAUACAACAGCAGCAGCCAUAUAUUUCAUGUUUAAUCUAUUAUAAACCCACAACCCCCCUAAAAUCUCACGUUUGUCAUCAGACACGAAUGGAAAGUUUGCUUAUUACAUGAAACCUACGUUUGCUAAGAUGAGACAGAAGGGAGGUGUAUUUUACCAUGGUCCAAUGUAUUCAGGGGCAAAAAUGGCAGCUUAUUGUUAAUGGUAGUUAAAAAGCAAAAUAAAUGUUUCAAUAGCAUAAAAUUUUGUGUUUGUAUAUGCAAUGUUUACCUGCUGUUAAGCAGUUUUUUUCCUUCUAUUUCCAUAGCAAAGUUUUGUAAAACAAACUUUUUAAAAAGGAAAAGGAAGAAAAAGGAUUUUGUAUUACGAUUUUGAUAUCUGUGAUGUUUAAUCGUAUGUCAAUGUUGUUAUUAUCGGUGUAUGUCACAGGUUAUACUUUUGUGGAAUAAGAUGAUUCGCUUUUUUAUGUUACGUCAAUAUUACUAUGGAAGUACCUGUAUUUGAAACAUGCAUGAUCUGAUACAAUUUAUCUGUUUCUUUUGUGCUUCUCGCCCCAGUCUGCCCACUGCUUUGGAUUGUAUUCUUGCCAAAGAAAAUCUCAGCAAGACAUAAUUCUCUGCAAAAUAAUGUGAAAGCAUUCGUGAAACUGUUGACCAUUGACAAGAAAAUUGUAACCAACUGUUUGAUUGGUUCUUGCUCUUAAUACUGGGUCCAAAUACAUUAUUUUCUUAUUUUGUAUAAAACUUUUGUCUCAGCUUUUUUUUUUUUUUUAUGUGCAGCUCAUCAACUUUGUAAUCUUAAACAAAGACUGAUGCUUUCACAUCAUUGAACUGAAUGUACCCAGAUUCAUUUCCGGCAGUCAAUAUCAUUACUUGGCGUAAUAAAAAUGAAAGGACAUGCUAAUUAGUGUGUAAAGACUGCGAGAUAUACAAUGAAGCUCAACGAGAACAAUCUUUUUGUAAAGUAUUAACAAAAUGUUUCUUUUUUUAAAAAAAAGUCCUGAACUGUCUUGAGAUCCGUUCAAGACUGAGAAAAAGAAUAAUUUCGUCAACUUGUCACUUGCCUUUUUUUAAAUAAAUACUGUGUCCACCAAGUG